GCGUCACAGCUGCUAGCCCCCCUUUUUAGCAGCAGCCACUGCAAACUUUACACAGGGGGCUGAUUCGUAUGGUGGUCAAAUAUCUCUGGGUUUGGACUAGGCAUUUCUGUGUUUGUUUUUGGAGGUUUUUAUUUCAUUUAUCAACUUUUAUUUAACUGGGACGUGCCAUUGAGGUCAGAAGACCUCUUUCCCAAGGAAGACUUAAGUUUUCUGGCUAUAUUUACAUUUUGUGGAGCAUAGAAGAGAACAAAAAUGGAUAGGAAAUUGAAUCUUAACCGAGCUGAGACUUUUUCCUUCAUCAACCCUUGGAUAAGGUACUUCCUGUUCUUUUUCAGCUUCUUGUUCUGGGUCUUCUCCUUGCUGAUUGUUGCUAUAGGGGUAUAUGCAAAGGUUCAAAAAGCAACAGACACGGUCAGAGACACGUUCCUGAUCGACCCAGCGGUCAUCCUGAUCGUGGUGGGCGUGGUCAUGUUCUUCAUCACCUUCUGCGGCUGCAUCGGAGCCCUGCGAGAAAACAUUCACCUUCUGAAGACGUUCUCCUUCAGUCUGACUCUGGUCUUCCUCACUCAGCUGGCCAUAGCCGUCCUGGGCUUCUUCUAUUCAGACCAGACACGAGACGCUCUGGGGAAGUUUGUGAAUAAAGCCAUCGUGCACUACAGGGAUGACCUGGAUCUGCAGAACCUCAUGGACUACAUUCAGAGAGAGUUCAAGUGCUGCGGUUGGAACAACUACACUGACUGGUCAUGGAACCUGUACUUCAACUGCACCCAGGGGAACCCCAGCUCUGAGCGCUGUGCGGUCCCUUACUCCUGCUGCACCCCCGUACCAGGAGAGGCUGUGAUCAACACCAAGUGUGGCUUUGGGGUCCAGACUCAGAACUACCUCGAGGCCACCAAGUCCAUCUAUCCAGUGGGUUGUGCAGACCGGGCGGUUCGGUGGAUUGAGUCCCACCUGCUAUUGGUGGGGGCUCUAGCUCUGGGUCUCUCCCUGCCUCAGAUUGCAGGCAUUGUGCUCUCCCAGAUCCUCAUCUCUCAGAUCCAGGAUGAGAUCAGCUCAGUGUUGUGAGAAGAGGAUGGCCCGACCGACACAGAAAAUAACAGAACAACUAGGAGAGAACAGAGAAGAAGUACUGGCCACUCCAGUUAACAAAGGGCAUCCAUCUACGGUUACAUUACACAGCCUUCGCAGCAUCUGAUUUAGUGGUGUGCUGUAUAGACCGGAUGGAAGUGUGUCAUUAUAUGCUGGACUUCGAUGACUAAAGGCUGACAUUGGAAGUGCUUAUUUAUUACAUUAUUUAUACAUGAUUUUAAAAUAUGAUUUAUAUUGACAUGAGGAUAUUAUUUUCUGAAAAGGAUGUAUUAUUUAUAUUUCAAAGUGUGAUUGCUAAUAUAAUUUGCUAUAUGACACUGUAAAUGUUGUGUUACAGAACAUUCAAUUGAACAUACUUUUUCACAAAUGUUGAAGUUGUAGAAAUCUUUGGAUAUUGAACAUUUUGAUAAUGGACCAUGUUGAUGAUCAUUUCUAUUAGGUCCACGUAACUGAAGAAUAAAGGCCACAUUCUUCAGCCAAACAUCCAGUCAAUUUGGGGAGGGUACCUCUGCAGUAGCCCCUGGUCCAGACUCAGUGACAUCCAGCUUUAGGCCCUCUACCCAGGUUAGGCAUGCAGGACAUGGGCUCUCUGGAUCAGCCGGUCAGUGAGGGGAGAGUUGGGCUUCGAUGCCUCACGCUCCACCAACAAACAUCUCCAGAAGGACAACACAAGACAAAAAAGGACAGUUCUAGAUUGAGUUCUUUAGAGUAGAACAUCUAACUGGAGAACAAAAGGCACUCAGUAGAUACAGUACACUGUAUACAGAAAAUUGCAUUUUACAGACUUCAGGGGGUGUCAAUAAGGACAAGCUUAGCGAUGAGAACAUACUGAUGAAAUUCAACAGUCAAGAUAUUGUUUCUUCUUCUACUCCUCUAACGAGGGAGCACAGGGAGCAGAAGACGAGAGAAAAUAAAAUCUUACUGGACAGAGGACCAUUUUCUUAGGUCAUGUGUAUUAUAUUGUACAGAGAAAUCAAUAUUGUGUAUUUUAGCCAUUCGCUUUUGUUGGGUUCUAACUUGAAAGACGUAUUCCUGUCAGUAUAUUAGAACUUAUUGAUUACGUUGCAUGUAUAAUAAAUGCACGUGUCACGGAUCAAUGAAAGGGUGAAUAGGAACUCUGUGUAUGAAAAGUUACUAUGGGAGAAAAGGGAAACAGAGUAUGACAUCACUUGUAAACAUCCUGGAGAAGUGCCUGGAUAACGAGCAGCUGCUACCAGGCGGCUCGAUCAACGAAGACGACAGCACAACCGUUAGGCAGUAUUGGGCAACAGAUAGCAGUUGAGAAGUUACACCCCUCAUCUCAUCUGGACAUAUAAAUGGUUGUUUGAUCAUGUGCAAAGUGUGAUUGCAGCUGAGACACCCAGUGGGUUGAAUAAAAUGGGUUAGAGCUUUUACUAGUUGUG